CAAAACCCGCUCCGAAAUGAUGCUGCCCGCCCGCCACACCACCACUCCCUCCUCAUAGACCCGCCCCGACUCUGCGACAACAGCCAUGGCCAGCAUCAAUUCCCUCCUCAACCACGAACCGACGCCCGACCAGGCGCGGCACACCACCGGCCAGGACAAGCUCGUCGCGAAAAUCACCACCUCGGAGGCUGCCGACGCCCUUACCACCCUCUCCCAACUAGGGCGCGGCGGGCAGUACGCUCCCGUGCGCGACCACCCUUCUCCCACCACCUCCUUCACCCACGCGCCCCGUCGAACCAGCAGCUUCGGCCUCCACGUCUCACCCGUAGAGCCCCUACCUCCUAUUGAGCAGCAUCUCGCACAUUCCCCGACCCUCGACCAGUACCACCACCACGGCUCCAAGUCUCCUGAGGAGCAGAGGCGCCAGUCGCUGCUCAAUCGCACUUCUCCAGCACCCGUCCUCGCACCCAUCCAGUCUCUCUCCGCCAUGCUCCACGACCGCAUCCACGACCAGUCGCAGCAGAUGACAACGUCGUAUGGGAAGGAUGUGUCUCAGAUGGUGCCACCGCCGUCGCGCUCGAGCGAUGGGGGUGAAUUUGGACGGGAUCGCGCCCAGGACUGCGAGCCAGCCUCUGUGUGCGACGAGGGCACAAUCUCACAGAUCCGCGAGACUGACGUCUCGGUGAGCAGCACGCUGCAUCCCAUCUCUACAAACCUGCCGCUGUCUCAGGCCAGCGAUUCGCAGUCACAGUUGCAGUCACCCCUACCCUUCAUUAAGCACGAGCCGUCCAGUACGCCGCGAGAGGCAACGCCCUCGGCCGCUGUGGCCCAGUCGGAGCGGCAUCAUUCAGUCUCGGCGGAAAACAUGGACGUGGACACGCUCAAGGCGAUUGAAGCGGUCAAACAGAGCGAACUGGGCCUGCGCGUGAAGAAAACGCCAAGCGAGAGCGUUGCGUCUCCGACUGAUCCAAAGCCCACCCUCGCUCCGUCAAAGAAACGACCAGCUCCAGGAACGUCGGCCAUCAAGAAGAAGGGUACAGCAGCCCCAAAGAAGCCUGCGUCGAAGAAGCGAAGACUCGAUAACGAAGUACGUCAUGAGCGCCGCUCUGGAACACCAGGCUCACGCACAUCCAAGGUCCCUACCGCAAAAAGCACAAAGAAAGGCUCACAAGCAGGCACCCCCGUCGCCGAAUCCUCACCCGCACCCGACCACUCCUCCCAGGCACAUGCAUCCGAUGACGAAGCCGACUCUUCCGACGACAAUACUCUCUACUGCAUCUGUCGCAAGCCAGAUAAUCAUACUUGGAUGAUCGGAUGCGAUGGCGGCUGCGACGACUGGUUUCAUGGCGCGUGCGUGAACAUGCUGCAGGUAGACGAGAAAUUAGUUGAUAAGUUCAUCUGCCCUAACUGCGAGGCUGUCGGGCGAGGACAGACGACGUGGAAAGCCAUGUGCAGGCGGGAAGGAUGCGGCAACCCUGCGAUUAUCGAAAAGGGCAAGGAGAGCAAGUACUGCUCAGAAGCAUGCGGCAUACAAUUCUUCCAAGAUCAGCUGCAGCGAACGGCCGGAGCCAAGAAGACAGCAGCAGGCAAAAAAUCAAAGAAGAAAGGUGGCAAGGACGGCGAUGAUUCAGCGCAGGCGUCCGCUGAGGAAGACGAACCGAUACCUCUUGGCGGAGUUCUCAGGGCGAAGGAUCUCAAGGCCCUCGCUGUUGGAUCAAAAGAUAUCGAAGCCUUCAAACGUCUGGGCGCUGGAGUCCUUUCACCCCCUCAGACCGCUUCGCCUACUAAAGCGACAUUCGGUGGCGUCAAUGGCGCGAUAAACCCUGCGGAAGAUCUCAACCUCACCCCGGCCGAGACCAUGCACCUCAACGCACUGCACACCGAGAAAACCGACCUGAAAGUCCGGCUUGAGGUUCUGAAAGACCGCGAGAAGUUCGUCAGCAUGGCGCGCGAACAGGCACUACGGCGCGCUGAGAAGGAAAAGCUGAAAGUCAAGGAGUUCUGCGGGUAUGACUCUAGAUUGUCGUGGUCAGACACAGAGUUCCUCCAGUGGCGGCGGAGCAAGACGGGACGUGCGGCGUUCAAAUGGAAUACCCUGUCUCCAACCCCCGAACAAAUCGCCGCAGUCGACAAUGAGAUCACUGGUGGUGGUGGUGGUGAUAGCGUAGUGGUGAGCAUGAGCGUCGACCUUCCCAACCCCGUCAGUGUCAACGUCGAGGAGAAAGCAAAAGAUAUGGUCUGUGUCAAAAAGCGCUGUCCCAAGCAUCCUAACUGGCAGAAACUUCAACUUCAAGACGCCCGCUUCGAGGAGAUGGAGGUCGUGGAAGCUAUCAAGGAGUGCGAGAAAGAAGAACGGUCGGUCAGCGAACGAGCUAGGACAAGGGGCGCAAAAAGAGCGAUGGCGGCUGAUCUUGUUGGAAAUGGGGAUGGGGGUGUCGAUGUGGAUGUGGAUAUGGAGGAGAAGAAUCGGGAGGGGUGGGUUGAGGUUGUUGGAGCGUGAUGAUUGUUGAGGUUUGCGCGCAAGUUGGAUACCCCCCAUCUUUUCUCUUCCCUUCCGCGUCUUUAUGAUAUGUAGCAUGCGGUUGGCUGUUCCUCGUCCUCAGCGUUGACAUUGGCGUUGGAGGUCGGUCUUGACAAAAGCUGAAGCGUAUUGCUUGGUUGCUUGCUCGUGCAAUUCGGCACACAGUACAGUACACUAUUUUCGCCUCGUCGGCUACUGGCUCUCGGCUAACGGAUUCUGGUCGAGCUGUUAUGGUCCCGAUGUGGCUAGUUAUCUGGUUAUUCUCUUUUUCAUCACUUGCAUGCAUAUCGCCACAUGGCUGGCUUGAAUGUCUUCAUGUUUUACCUACCUGCUGUAGUUAGAGAUCAUAAUGAAAUAUU